UGUGUUUAUUUUAAGUUAAAAAAACAAAAUGCGAAAAAUGGAAUUGCGCAGCAGCAGCGCCUACCACCGCUUAGUAACCAAGCUCCAAGACGCUGGAGUCUAUGAGGAAGGAAUGCCAUAUGAUGAACUUAAGGAGCUUGCGCAGGCCAUGGAACUGUCGGCACAGGAAGUCAAUGAAGACGAAGAAUACCUGCAAUUCGAACGUGCCCGCUACGAGAGCGAGCUGGAGUUCUUGUCCUCGCAGCCCAUGGAUCAACGCCAAUCAACCAUGCUGCCGUCGCCGGCUCGUGCCUCGCCUGAGGAUAUGGAUGUGGAUAACUCACUGCCAGAUUGCAAUAGUUCUGUUGGUGGGCCCAUUCAACUGACAGUCUGUGCAACCGUACAUCAUGCCCUCGACUGGAGUCCUACCGCCGAGCGUCGGUCUGCACACAAGCGUAGGGCUGACAGCAACGGCAAUACAAUCGGCUUGGAGGAGAAGCGUGCCCGUACCGAAACCAUCAACAAUCAGACGCAGCAGCAACACCCGGCAGCCGCCGAGGGAGAUGUCACUCCGCCAUCAAUCGCAUCUAUGGACUCUGGCGUCAGUGGGGAUGAGCUGAGCUCGGUAACCUCCAGCGCAUAUGAAAGCAGCUCAGAUCUGUCCAUUGGCGAGGUGCCCAGUGGUCUAAUGGUCAGCACCAGCAGUGUCGCCGUGUCCGAUCGAUCUCGCAAUAGCAACACCAGCAGCGAAAUCUUUUCAUAUGAGAGCCACGAAUGAGUUGCCAUUGUCACGUGUUUCGUUUGUUUUAUUUAAGCCAUACGUUAUGUGCAGAAAUUGUGAGGGGUGGUUAAACCAGAUACACAUUUAUACAAUUACACCGUCAGCUUUACACGUC